AUGUUGAAGGUCGGAAGUCGUCGAUUGCUCUCCGUCGGCCUUGCCCGUGCCCAGACCUCUGGUAUCAUCGCUCACGGCAACACCACUGGCGAUGAAGUCUACAUUGUCGGACAGAACGAUCCCCGACGAAACCAGGACAACCCCGAAUUCAACCUUCACUUCUUCGAAACCCUCCACGUUCCCUUCCCCAUUCGACCAUUCCAGAUCGGUCGACCCGGCUCCGAGCUCGCCGCCGUUCGAGCCAAGGAAUCCGGCGAUUGGAAGGAUCUCUCCGCUGCUGAGAAGGAAGCCCUUUACCGAGGUGCCUUCAUGCAGCCAAUUGCCGAACAGCAGCAGGGAACCGACAUGUGGAAGGGCAUCCUCGGCGCUUUCAUGCUCGUCAUGGCCUCCACCACCUGCCUCGUCUACGAGCUCCACACCGAUGUCUCUGGCUUCAAGCCCAACCAGGCCGGUUUCUGGUACUUCUGGCAGCCCGGAUGGGCCCAGACCCGAAUGAACAUCGCUGCCGAGAACAUCUUCCUCGAGUACACUGGUUCCUUCAACCAGCGAGACUACAAGCACUGGGACUACGUCAACCACUGCUGGAAGAACCCCAAGGAGACCCGAAUCGACGGUGCCGAUUAA